UCUCUGGCCAAGAUGGCGGCAGUGCUGCUGCUGCGCGGCUUUCGGCCAGGCCGGGGUCCCGGUCCUGUGCGGCUGUGGCGCCCAGGCCCUUCUUGGAGCCCGGGCGUCGCUAGCGGAGCCUGGAGCAGGCGGCCGUACGUGGCCCUCAGGCCUCCGAUGGGCCGUGCCGGGGCUGGAGGCGGCGCCCGACAGAUACUUCAGUGUCAGCAGCUAACGUCUGCCUUUGAGGGGACGACUGGAUUGAUACUGAAACAGCAUCUGCUUCCAGAUCCAGUCAGACUCUGGCGACUUUUAGGUGGUGUUUGCUUUUUUAACAGCUCAGGGAGGAAGCAGAAGAACAAGGACAGUGACAGAUCCAAGGGGAAGACCCCUGAGGAUGAAGAGGAGAGGAGGCGGAAGGAGCGGGAGGACCAGAUGUACCGGGAGCGGCUGCGCACGCUGUUUGUCAUCGCCGUCAUCAUGAGCCUGCUGAAUUCCUUCAGCACCAGCGGUGGCAACAUCUCCUGGAGCGACUUUGUCAACGAGAUGCUGGCCAAGGGCGAGGUGCAGCGGGUGCAGGUGGUGCCUGAGAGCGACGUGGUGGAAGUCUACCUGCACCCAGGAGCUGUGGUGUUCGGACGGCCGCGGCUGGCCUUGAUGUACCGAAUGCAGGUUGCAAACAUUGACAAGUUCGAAGAGAAGCUCCGAGCGGCUGAGGAUGAGCUGAACAUCGAAGGCAAAGACAGGAUCCCGGUCUCCUAUAAGCGCACAGGGUUCUUUGGGAAUGCCCUCUAUGCCCUGGGGAUGACUGCGGUGGGCUUGGCCAUCCUGUGGUACAUGUUCCGUCUCGCUGGGAUGACAGGAAGAGAAGGUGGAUUCAGUGCUUUUAAUCAGCUGAGAAUGGCUCGUUUCACAAUUGUGGAUGGGAAGGCAGGGAAAGGAGUCAGCUUCAGAGACGUGGCAGGAAUGCACGAAGCCAAGCUGGAAGUCCGUGAGUUUGUGGAUUAUCUGAAGAGCCCGGAGCGCUUCCUCCAGCUCGGUGCCAAGGUCCCAAAGGGUGCGCUGCUGCUCGGCCCUCCUGGCUGUGGGAAGACACUGCUGGCCAAGGCAGUGGCCACCGAGGCCCAGGUGCCCUUCUUGGCAAUGGCUGGCCCAGAGUUCGUGGAGGUCAUUGGAGGCCUCGGCGCUGCCCGUGUGCGAAGCCUCUUCAAGGAAGCACGCGCACGAGCACCCUGCAUCGUGUACAUCGAUGAGAUUGACGCCGUGGGCAAGAAGCGCUCCACCGCCACCUCGGGCCUCUCCAGCACCGAGGAGGAGCACACGCUGAACCAGCUGCUGGUGGAGAUGGACGGAAUGGGCACCACAGACCACGUCAUUGUCCUGGCAUCCACAAAUCGAGCUGACAUUUUGGACAACGCUCUCAUGAGGCCAGGCCGGCUGGACCGACAUGUCUUCAUUGAUCUCCCCACGCUGCAGGAGAGGCGGGAGAUUUUUGAGCAGCACCUGAAGGGUCUGAAGCUGACACAGGCCAGCAGCUUCUACUCCCAGCGUCUGGCAGAGCUGACACCAGGAUUCAGCGGUGCGGACAUCGCCAACAUCUGCAACGAGGCUGCCCUGCAUGCUGCGAGAGAGGGACACACGUCCGUCCACACCUUGAACUUCGAGUAUGCCGUGGAGCGUGUCAUUGCUGGGACUGCCAAAAAGAGCAAGAUCCUGUCAAAGGAGGAGCAGAAGGUGGUUGCGUUUCACGAAUCGGGGCACGCACUGGUCGGCUGGCUGCUGGAACACACCGAGGCUGUGAUGAAGGUCUCCAUCGCACCACGAACAAAUGCCGCGCUGGGCUUUGCUCAGAUGCUGCCGAGAGACCAGCACCUGUUCACCAAGGAGCAGCUGUUUGAGCGCAUGUGCAUGGCCCUGGGCGGCCGAGCGUCCGAGGCCAUCUCCUUCAACAAGGUCACCUCCGGGGCGCAGGAUGACCUUAGGAAGGUCACAGGCAUUGCAUACUCCAUGGUGAAGCAGUUCGGGAUGGCCCCUGGCAUCGGGCCCAUCUCCUUCCCCGAGGCACAGGAGGGCCUCCUGGGCAUUGGACGGCGCCCCUUCAGCCAGGGCCUUCAGCAGAUGAUGGACCACGAAGCAAAGCUGCUGGUGGCCCAGGCCUACAGACACACUGAGAAGGUGCUGCUGGGCAACCUGGACAAGCUGCAGGCGCUGGCGAACGCCCUUCUGGAAAAGGAAGUGAUAAACUAUGAGGACAUUGAGGCCCUCAUUGGCCCACCGCCCCAUGGGCCGAAGAAGAUGAUUGCUCCGCAGAGGUGGAUCGACGCCCAGAGGGAGAAGCAAGCCUCCGGAGAGGAGGACACGGCCCCACAGCCCCCCGGGCAGGGGCAGGAGCCAUCGUGGCCCAGAUAGUUGGAGUGGUGCAGUCAUGCACCUGCAGUGACCCAGGAGAAUUUCCAGCCGAGAUCGAGAGGCUGGUGGGGUGUGUGGGUUGAGCUUGCUGCCUGUGUACCUCAGUUUCCCCUACGGGGAAGUGUCAGUGCUUGCUGCCAGUAUGCAGAUAAGUUCUCCGUUCCCAGGAUGCCAUCUGCCUGGCUGUGGUGACCGGGGCCGCUCGGCAGCCAGGCUGAACAGCCCCCUGUUUGCGCCCGUCUCCGUUCCUGUGUCUCCCUCAGAAUGCUAACGGCUCGGCGAUGAAAGCGCCCUCUGAGCCGGCUGUCCUCGUCCUCACUGGCCCUGUCACUGUGCCCACUUUCCAGCAGGGUCAGACUGGGGCCGGCACUGAGCUCCUGACGGUGGAGACACUGCCACCUAUCGCCCUGUGAGCAGCUGUGCAUCAGGGACCUCGUGCUGGUCCCGUCCAGCAGCCUGGGAACUGUCGCCACCUUGCUAAUAAAUGCCGUGGAUAAGGAC